CCUAUCCUGGCCAGCCCUAUCCUGUGCCUCCUGCUGGAGACUCUCCCUAUGCCAUUCAGGCACCAACGCGCUCCGUCUCGAGCCAUCCGGGAGUCCACAACCCUCCUGGAGCAAAUUCGAUGCCGCCUCAACCCGUUGCUCCGAUGCGCAACACUCUGACAUUCAUGCAGUCGGCUCUGCCUGCUCCCAUGGAGAUCAGCGGCUUCAACGCCUCAACCUCCGAUCUCUCGAUUCAGUCCGUGAGCCCGCCAGAGCCGCCCAUCUCAGAGAUGACCCCCUCUGCAUCAUACCAUGUCGAGAAGGAGCUGAUGGAUCACUCGGCCGAGUUCAACAUGAUCGAAAACGCUCGCCCGACCUUCGAGACCCUGACCCGCGCUCGUCGCACCGCAACCGAAAAGAAGCCUUCCACAAUGACCCCUGAACAGGAGCUGGAGCUCCUCAAGAUCAGAUCCCAGAGCGGCGAAAACGAUGACAUCUUUGAAUAUGCCAAAUUCUGCGCCACAUACAUCCCGUCCAACAACGAUUCCAAGCUUCGCGAUAAGGUUGCAGAGGAGGGUUUCCGGCUGCUGAAGAAGCUGAGCAAGGAGGAUUAUGCGGAAGCACAGUACUGGCUUGGCCGCGCCUACUCCGAGGAUGACAGUCACAAUCUGGCCUUUGCCCAGUUCCUGCUUGCCGCCAAGCGCGAUCACCCUGGCGCCACGUUUGCUGUGGGCGUGUGCUACGAGGGUGGCAAGGGCUCCCGAAAGGAUCCCAAGGCCGCCAUGACGUUCUAUCGCAAGGCGGCGGCUGCCGCGUACCCUCCAGCGAUGUAUCGCAUGGGCAUGAUCUGCCUGCGAGGCGAGCUGGGCCAGAAACGCGAUAUUCGAGAUGGUGUCAAGUGGCUGAAGCGCUGUGCUGCAGUUGCCGAUACCGACAAUCCCCACGCGCUGAUGCAGCUUAGUAUCUUGCACGAGACUGGUCUCCCGCCUGCCGUCCACACCGACCACAAAUACUCUCUGCAGCUGCUGAUGCAGGCCGCCAACCUUGGCUUCCCGCCGGCCCAGUUCCGUCUUGGCCAGUGCUACGAGUACGGCAGUCUGACCUGUGUCGUGGAUCCGCGCGAGAGUUUGCGCUGGUACACCGUGGCCGCCGAAGCCGGCGAGCAGGAGGCACAAUUUGCGCUCGCUGGCUGGUUCCUCACCGGUCAUCUCGACCAAAUUCCAAAGGACGAGCGGGCAGCCCUGAUGUGGACCGAGAAGGCGGCCCAGGCGGGCUUCCCAAAGGCGCAGUACGCCAUGGGCUUCUUUUACGAAACCGGCCUGAGUAUCUUGCCACCGGACCAGGCCCGUGCCAAGCAAUGGUACGAGAUUGCGGCCGCCAACGGUGACGAGCGCGCCCACCAGCGACUAACUGGCCAGCCAAUCACGGGCAGCUCCAAGCGACCCUCCAAGGACUCGAAGCAGGGCAGCUGCACCAUCAUGUAGAUUGCCGUUCGCUGCAUCCCAUUUUCGGAGCCGUGACCAAAGGCGUUGAUAUCCCAAGCUCAAGCCCUUGGCACGGACAGCCGCCUGCCGGAUCCUCCUCGCUUCUCACUGCAGUGGUCCGUUUCGGCUGCCACACAAACUGCGGCGCUGCGCUGACGAGGCCUCGGCGGAGGAUUCUCCUAUCUGAUGGCCCCUGCCAUAUCGCUCUCUGGGUCCUGCGCCUUGGCUGCUUCUCCCUCAUACUCGAUCCGUGUCCUUCUGGCACGGAUCUGCCCUUCUUCCACCAUUUCUCUGACUUGUCGCCAUUCCCCUUCCUUCGCUGCCAUCCAGUCCCGCUUGCCUGCCUUGCGAUUUCCCCCUCCUUUCCUUUCCUUUGCUCCCUUGGAGUGCCUUGGGCUUUUCCUUCCUCCGUUCUGGUCUGGCACAUAUGCCACAGACAUAGUUCUGUUUGCUUUUGCUUUUGCUUUUGCU